AAAAAUUAAAAAGCAAUCAAAAAAACUGUAAGAACUGGGAACUAGGGGGAACAUGCCCAGCAGUGUCGGGAAUUGGAAUGGAAAUGGAAAUGCUAAUGUUAGUAGUUCACCGGUCAUUGUGUGGAACGGUGCUCAGUAUACGGCAAGCAGCAAGGAGCUCGAACUUGAACUGUUGCGUCGCGAAUACGGUCUAGAUUCGCGUAUGUUGGAGACGACUCUAGUGCCGCGCUAUAAACGCCGCAAGCCAUCAGCUAGUGCGCGUAAUGAAUACGUGAGGGGAGGGCAUCUUCAUCAUCAUUAUCAGCAGGAGCAGGAGCAGCCAAAGCCAUCUUCUGAUUGGAUAUUACGUCAACAGGAUCAUCAGCAGAUAAUCAAUCAAAUCAAUUUCCAUCCCUGGCUGGGCGAACAUAAAUUUUCGCAUUUCGAUUUAGUGCCCUGGCGUCGCACUCGAUCCGCUUUGGAUUUAACAUCAAUUGCGGACUACAAUAGCGCAGGGAAUGGACCAAAUGGUUCCGGGACAGGAGCAUUAGCUGGAGGUGGUGAUGCCAAAUCGUUGCGGGGCCUGGAGAAAUUGGAAUUGCGUCAUAAUCGCCGUCGCUUGCAACGUGCUCGCUCCACACAGCAGGGUUUGCGGCGUUUGGUCCGAGUGCGUCUGAUCUUCUCCAUUGAGUUGAGGCACAAACGCAUGGAGAUUUUGCGCCAAAGUGCUCUACCCAUGCGGGUAUUCGAGCAGAGAUUCGCCCUAAGUGAGACGGAAAGUGCUGCCUACGAGAGAGUGCUUAAAGAUGCCAAUGCAGGUGUUGAACAGCAUGUGGGCUACUUUAGUAGGAGGCAGCAAAAGGAGCAGGAGCAGCCAUACGUAGAUGUUUUAGAUAAUGAUGAUGAUCAGGAUGAUCUCAAUGAGUUGGUAGUAGAUUUUGCCAGCGAAACCGAAGAUGGACCAGCAGAGCACGAAGACGAGCAGGAAGAAGAGGCUCAGUAUGCCACCAUUGCACAAAGGAAAACUAGUUCAAUCAAAGACGAAUCAAAAAUUAAAGCAAAAGGAGAUUCGGAUAUCCCGAAACAGGGUCAAGUGCCAUGCAUAAAGUGUCGCGAUAUUGCCAUCAAAUUGAGAACCAUAAACGACUAUGCCCUUAACUCAAAUCUAUCAGCACACAAACUGCAAGCAACAACAAAACUGAAUAAUAAACUGAAUAGCAAUCUAAACAGAAUGCAUGCCCAUCAAUUGGAUUCAUAUUUAGCCCAUGGAGGCGGUGGCAUUGGCAUCGGGGGCAUGCACAAUUUGUUGCCCAACAUGAAUAUGAAUCUAAAUCCGAAUCUGAGCCAAAUGCAUCAUCCGGGUAAUAUUUCUGGCAGUGAAAGACCCAAUGGAGGAGCAUUGGCUCUACACUAUGCUGCCGCACGUGGAUGCCUCGAUUGUGUCCAAUUACUGGUUGCCGCAUCCGUGGAUAUUUGCUACUUUUCCACCAUCAAUGUCAAAAAAGGCCUUUUGGGCCGCAUGACAACAAGUCUGACCUCAUAUCGUCGCAGUAAACAGAAAAGUAAAUCGAACAAUGACAUUCAUACCAUCAUUGCCACAGAGGUAACGGCCAUAUUGAGUAGCAGCAAUAUCAAUAGUAAUUACAAUAGCUCCAAGGACAGUGAGCAACAUCAUCUUAAUCAUCUAUCGGAGAUACGUAAGCAACAGGCAAUAGAUUCUAGGGCAGCAGGCAACGACGCUGACGAAGACACAGCUGACGACGACGACGACGAUCAGGACGAAGAAGAGCAAGAGGAGGAAGACGAAGACAAAGAAGGACAAUCUUUGGCGGAGAAACCUCUAAGAAAGGAGCAAAACCAAUUGAGUGAUCUUAUGAUGAUGGACACACAUCAGCAGCAUCAACAGCAGAAGCAACAACAGCAUCUACAUCAACUAAGAAAAACAUCAGGCGAUAAUAAAUUGCGGCAUCUCAACGAUGAUGAGGCUGAUUCGAAUGAUGAUGAGGCCUCGGCCAUGCCCUUGAUGACUGGCGGCCAGGGUCAAGGCCGCAAGGAACAAAACAAUCGACGCAGUGUCGUCAGCGCCAAUACGCAAAUGGACAAUGAUGUGACGCCAGUGUAUUUGGCCGCACAGGAGGGCCACUUGGAGGUGCUUAAAUUUCUGGUGCUUGAAGCUGGCGGUUCGCUUUAUGUGCGAGCACGCGACGGCAUGGCACCGAUCCAUGCCGCUUCACAAAUGGGCUGCUUGGAUUGCCUCAAAUGGAUGGUGCAAGAUCAGGGCGUUGAUCCCAAUUUGCGUGAUGGUGAUGGUGCCACGCCCCUACAUUUUGCUGCCUCACGUGGCCAUUUAUCAGUGGUUCGUUGGCUAUUGAAUCACGGUGCCAAAUUAUCGUUAGACAAAUAUGGCAAAUCGCCAAUUAACGAUGCCGCCGAGAAUCAACAGGUUGAGUGUCUUAAUGUGUUAGUUCAGCAUGGCACUACGAUGGAUUAUAACACGAAGACCAGCUCACAGCAGCAGCAACAACAACAACGUCACAAAUCGCAACAACAAUUGCAUCAGCAACAGAGCAGCAGUUGCAACUCGAACUCAAAUUCUUCGAAACAAACUAGCCGCAGUAAUACCAUCAAAUCGAAAUCCUCAUCGACUUUAAGUUCCGAUGUGGAACCAUUCUAUUUGCAUCCGCCAGCAGUUACAUCUACAAAUCCUGGAAGUGGAAUUCCAGGUGGAAUUGGUAUAAGUCGUAAGAACAGCGAUGCCUUGUAUUCCCAUCAAUCGCGCAGCUCUUCGGAGAAACUUUAUAAUGGUUCAUUGAAUGGAGCAUCCGGAGUUGGAGGCAAUGCAUCAACUGGUGGUGGUGGAGGUGGUGGGGGUGGUGCUCUCUUGCCGAACGAUGGACUUUAUGUGAAUCCCAUGCGGAAUGGCGGCUUGUAUGCGACUCCCUCGCCAAAUGGCAGCAUAUCGGGUGAAUCGUUUUUCCUACACGAUCCACAGGAGAUCAUAUAUAAUCGUGUGCGUGAUCUAUUUGUCGAUUCCGAUUGCAGCAGCAGUGUGAAGCAGCAGCACCAGCAGCAGCAUCAUCAUCAGAAGCAACAGCAUCAUCAUCAUCAAAUGCAAACAAAGGCCGCUGGCAAUGCAUUGACCAUACAGGCCGAUGUUCAUUCCAGUUCAAGCGGAGCUGGCAGUGGCUCCGAUGAAUCUGUAUCAAUUUCAUCUAGCUUCAAUUCGCCCAAGAGUCACAAUCACAAUAAUCACAGUAAUCAUCAUAAUCAUAAUCAUGCUCAGUUGCGUAGUCAGAGUUUUAAUCACAACAACAACAACAGCAAUAAGAACAACAAUUAUAAACAACAUAGAAGCAACAAUCAGAAUGGCAAUGCCAAUAUCAGCAGCAACGGCGGCGGUGGCGGCGAUCAUGACUAUGAGGAUAUAUAUCUAGUGCGUGAAGAAUCUCGUAAGCAACAUCAGCAGCAGCAGCAACAGCAGCAGCAACAACAUCAGCAGCAGCAGCAACAUCAGCAGCAGCACCAGCAACAACAACAUCUGCAACAGCAACAACAACAACAUAUGCAGCUGCAACAUAAAUAUAAUGUGGGUCGCUCUCGUUCUCGUGAUAGUGGCUCACAUUCCCGAUCGGCCAGUGCCAGUUCAACCCGCAGCACCGACAUUGUCUUGCAGUAUACCAAUCAUCAUCUAAACAAUAAACGGAACAACAGCAAUAAUUCUGUUGCCAAUCAGAACAACAACAACAAUAAUAACAAUAACAAUAAUAAUAGUCUGCUCAAUCGUAAUAAGUCACAUUCAAUGAUCGGUUUACAUAGCAGCAAAUAUGAAUCGAGCAUUAAGGAUAACUACAGCACAAAGAACGUGAAUCUAAAGAAUCAAUUACUUAAUGGUGGGAUUAAGAGCGAUACAUACGAGAGUGUUUGCCCGCCGGAAGAUGUGGCCGAGCGUACCAAACAGACGCACAAGAACUCCAUGAUCCGUAAUAAUCUGACAGAAUCGUCAUCAGCAAUGGGCAGCACCAGCAACAGCAACAAUAUUAUCAGCAGCAACAGCAACAGCAACAUCAACAACAUUACCAAUAACGGCAACAGCAAUCAAAACAACAAUAAUAAUGGUAGAAAUCUGAAACGCGUUUCCUCGGCGCCGCCUAUGCAAAAUGUUGCACUAGUUAAUGGACCGCCGCCUCCGCCAUUGCCGCCGCCGUUGAGGGCACCGACCCAGCACCAACAACAGCAACAACAGCAGCACCGCAACAACAAUUUGAAUGCCGAACAUGCAAACAACAAUAAUAAUAUUUACAAGAAAAAUGUAUUCACCGGGCCCCCACCAAUCAAUGGAGCUGGCCCCGGAGCUGGCAGUGCGGCUGUUCCAGCCCAAACGCAACAUCAUUCAGAAUCCAAUGAUGCUGUCGAUUCGGACUCUGGCCUGGAAGUGAUUGAGGAGCCAAGUCUGCGUCCCUCGGAAUUGGUACGAGGCAAUCACAAUCGCACCAUGUCCACAAUAUCAGCGAACAAGAAAGCCAAGCUACUUAAUGGUAAUCCAGGUGGUGGUGCAGCUGCAGUGCCACCCAAUCAAGCGGUCAAUGAUGCCGCUGCCCCUGGCAGUGGCACUGGAGCAGGAGGAGGUCGUAUGGGUGGUCAUGGUGGCAAUAGCCUUUAUGGCUAUACCCAAGAUGGAUCCAAGCAAUUGCAGCAACAACAUCAGCAGCAGCAGCAGCAGCAACAGGUCAUGUCACCCUAUCAUCCGCAUCAGCCAUCGAAUUCACAAUAUAACCCAAGUAUUUAUAAUGGAAUGGGCUCUUCGGCCGAAGAUCACUAUGAAUUGCAGCAAUCGCAAUAUUCUGGCGGUAUUUAUGGCAUGGCCGAGGCUGGAUCGAAUGUUGGUGCGGCGGGUAACGGGGUAACGGGUGUUGGCCGUUCCGGUGGUCCGAAUUUGGUCAACAAGCAGUUGGUGCUGCCAUUUGUGCCGCCCAGUUUUCCCAAUAAAUCACAAGAUGGCGUCACGCAUCUAAUCAAGCCGUCCGAAUAUCUAAAGAGCAUAAGCGAUAAGCGUUCGUGUCCAUCAUCGGCGCGCUCCACAGAUACGGAGGACUAUAUGCAAAUACAGAUUGCCAACCAGCAGCAACACAAUCAUCUUCAUCUGCAUCAUAAUCAGCAGCAGCAACAGCAGCAGCAACAUCAUCAUCACCAGCAACAGCAACAGCAACAACAUGCCAUGGCGAUGGGUGAACAGCCUCCGUUGCCACCGCCCCCGCCUCCCUUGCCGCAUAUGAUGGGACCACCCAUACCCAUGAUGCCCAUGGGCAUGGGCAUGGGCAUGAUGUCAGUCAAUGGCAAUGAUCCUAGCACAGCGACAUCCAAGUCGCAUAAGACUAAGAAACCGCAUGGAGGAGUGACUCCCACUAGCCAGGAUACAGCCACACGUAAACAGCAUCAACCAUUGUCGGCCAUUUCUAUACAGGAUUUGAACAGUGUACAGCUUCGACGCACGGACACGCAAAAGGUACCGAAACCAUAUCAAAUGCCGGCCCGUAGUCUAAGCAUGCAGUGUCUAACCUCAAGCACGGAUACAUAUUUAAAGACUGAUCUUAUAGCCGAGCUAAAGAUCUCCAAGGAUAUACCGGGCAUUAAGAAAAUGAAGGUGGAACAACAGAUGGCCAAUCGAAUGGAUUCGGAACAUUAUAUGGAAAUAACAAAGCAAUUUACGGCCAAUAACUAUGUGGAUCAGAUACCAGAAAAGGAUCAGGCCGGUAAUGCCAUACCCGAUUGGAAGCGUCAAAUGAUGGCCAAGAAGGCUGCUGAACGGGCCAAAAAGGAUUUCGAGGAGCGUAUGGCCCAAGAGGCAGAGUCACGACGACUUUCCCAGAUACCACAAUGGAAGCGUGAUUUGUUGGCACGUCGUGAGGAGACUGAAAAUAAGCUGAAAGCGGCCAUCUACACGCCCAAGGUGGAGGAGAACAAUCGCGUGGCGGAUACCUGGCGACUGAAGAAUCGCGCCAUGUCCAUUGACAAUAUCAACAUAAAUCUGGCCGGCAUGGAGCAGCAUUAUCAACAGCUUCAACAUCCCCCAAAUGUCCCGCUUGGCAAUAAGGAGAAUCACUACAAUGGUGAGCCGCAUCCAGGUGAAUCCGAUGCGGAAACCCUACCCCUGCCAGAUAUGGAAGGGACAAAGCCGACCAACCACAUCGAACCGGAGGAACAGGAGGAAGACGAUCGUGAGAAUAUCAUACCAUGGCGUGCCCAAUUGCGUAAAACGAAUAGUCGUCUAAGUUUGAUUUAAAUUCUAACCCCCCUCUCGACCCCCUUGCCAACACGGGUGGGGUUCAAUUAAGUCGUCUAUAGUGCAUUUUUUUUUUGUUUUUCUUCUGUUCGUCAACAUAACAAAUGUGCAAUUAUAAUAUUAUAUUCAUAUAUACGAUACGAUUCUUAAGAGCUUUAGA